UCUCUCUCCAAAAGAGUCUUUAAAGUGAGUUUAUAGUUGGACACAAACGAGUUCUCACUCUAAUGGCAUGCUUAGAAAUGUACAACUCCAAUGGUGGUGGUGCGAGUCCUAGAAUCUCUUUCUCUAAUGAUUUCGUUGAGAUAAGGCCUGAGACUACGAAGACGCCGAGAUCAAGCCCUCUCUCCAAACAAGAGGGUUCUUCUUCAGCUUCUGAAAAUUUCGAGUUCUCUGUCUCCAACUACACAAUGAUGCCUGCUGAUGAACUUUUCUCUAAAGGAAAGCUGCUGCCUUACAAGGAGACUAAUCAAGGCCAGAGAACAUUGAGAGAAGAGCUUCUAGUUGACGAAGACGAAGAAGAAAGUCCUCGUGAUGCAACCAACAUAUUCUCUCUCAAGCCACCGGUCUUCUCAUCUUCUUCUUCCUCUAAGGGAAGGUGGAAAGGGCUUCUGGGCCUUAAGAGGGCCCAUGUUGGGGCAAAGAACAAUGAAGAGCGAUUUUUUCAUAUGAUCAACAAGAAACAAUCUCAGGAAGCAAUGAAUGGAAGAGAAGGGUCAAGUUGCAAGGAACUGAAGAAGAGUAUGUAGAGCUUAUUAAAAACAAAAAGCUUUCACUUUAGCUAGAAACAUGUUUGCUUUCAGAUUUUUAAUAUGUUACAUUUAUGUUAAUCUUGGAUCUUGAAAGUCAUUUAAAAACCUAAAAAAUCAGGCACUUGUGUGUUAUUUGUUUGACCGAGAUGGUUUUAUUUCAUCAACUCUUUUCCACUA